AUUCAGAGAAGAUGAAAGAAGUAACAGUGAAGGGUCCUUGGGCCAGGCUCUUAUCACAGGAUUCUCAGAAUCCGGAUGUGGACCUGUGUGACCAAAGUUUCAUGAUUGGACGAAGCAAAAGUUGCAAUUUGUGCAUUGAUGAUUCCUCAAUUAGUGGAGUUUUGUGCAUGUUGAAGCAUAAGGUGCAGCAGAAUGGUGCUGAAGUGCUUGUUUUAGGGAGCUCUGGAUUUGUCGUGCUCAAUGGAAAGUGUCUUAAAAACAAGGAUGUCGUGAGCAUUGGAGGAGGAGAUGAACUUGUUUUCAGCUCUUCUCUGAGUCAGCACACUUAUAUUUUUCAGCUCCUCAGAAAUGAAGAUAUCUCAGCCCCUGUAUUGCCUACUCCAGUAGGAAAGACGGUAGAUCAGGUGGUAACAGGUGAUGCAGAAGAGAACAUUGCAGGUGCGGAAGCAGGAAUAUCUGAAGCUUUAGCAGCUAUGUUUGGCCCCUUGCAAGGACCUCUUGCGGGUUCUUUGCCACCCUUACCCUUUCCCUUACCCUUUCCCUUUGGACAAGUGUUACCCAAUCACAAAAUUCGUCAUCCUUGUUGCAAUGACAGUGAAGAAUGUGACCAAGGAAUCAAUGCAUACGAGUCACAGACUGCUUGUAAUAUGUCAGAUGAGUCUGCCUCAGAUACUGAAGUGAUUGAACUUGAGACUGGGGUUUCGCCCAUGCUUACUGUGUUGAAACGUUCAAGAGAACGUCAUGAGAACGGUUACAUUCACAAUGAAAUCGAUCGUAAAUCACCAAUACAAGUUUGUGAAGAGAGAAAGGAAUCUGUAAGAGGUAUUGACCCAUCUGAAGCACAUACUAAAUGCCAAACUUUGAAGGAACAGUUAAGAAAAGGAAUAGUUGAUGGAAGAGAGACUCGUGUAUCAUUUGAUGAUUUUCCUUAUUACCUGAGUAAGAAGACAAAAAGUCUUCUGAUUGCAUCAACGUUUGCACAUUUGAAACGGAAUGAAUUUGCACAAUUUACAAGGAAGCUUCCUAAUGUGAGCUCCAAAAUAUUGAUGUCUGGUCCGCAAGGGUCUGAGAUAUAUCAAGAAACGUUGGUGAAGGCACUAGCAAAUCACUUUGAUGCAAAAUUACUUAUAUUUGAUAGUAGUUCAAUACUCACGGCCCCAUCGAUGAAGGAUGGAGAACAAAGAGGAGACAUAUGUCCUAGUUUACGGUCAAAAUUGGGUGAUCGAGUGAAAUUCAUUAUUAAAUCCCAAAAGUCAGAUAAUCUGCCAUCCAAAGUUCCUUUGAGGGGUCCAUCUCAUGGUGAUCGAGGGGAAGUACAUUUGUCUUUGGACGACAAUGGUUCAUCUAAAUUUGGAGUACGUUUUGAUAAGGCAAUUCAAGGGGGUGUUGACCUCGGGGGUCUUUGUGAACAAGAUCACGGGUUUUUCUGUAGCGCAAGCGACCUUCUCUUAGAUCACACUAUUGAAGAAAACAUGGACAAGCUACUCCUAAAUGCACUUUUCGAGGUUGUAACUAGUGAGAGUAAAAAUAGUCCUCUUAUACUUUUCAUGAAAGAUGUCGAGACAUCAUUCGUAGACAACCCAUGCAUCUACACUGCCUUACAAAGAAAACUUAAAAAAAUGCCCGAAAGUAUUAUCGUUAUUGGAUCAUACAUAAAGGUUGAUGAAAGAAAGGAAAAGGCAGCUCCCCGGGAUCUACUACCCUUCAUUGAAAUUAAUGAAAUUGAAGACCACGUUUUUGAAUUACCAUAUGGGAGAAAAUUUAAAGAGGACCCAGAGAAGCAGCUUUCGGAUCUUUUUCCAAACAAAGUGAUGGUGGAGAUGCCUCAGGAUGAAGCCCUUCUUGUUAAUUGGAAACUUCAGUUAGAACGAGAUGUUGAAAUGCUUAAAGUGAAGAAGAAUCUACAACAUAUUAAAACUGUGCUUUCUCUUAAUAACCUGGAUUGUGAUGGGAUAGACACAAUUUGCAUAAAGGACCAAAAACUUACAAACAAAUGUGCAGAGAAUAUUGUUGGAUGGGCUUUGAGCCACCAUCUUAUGAAUGAAUUUGAGCCCAUUACUAAGGAUGGAAAACUAAUUAUCUCUAGUGAAAGUGUUGGGCAUGGGUUGAGCAUACUGGAAGAAAAUAAAAAGAAUGAGAGCUCAAAGAAGACACAUAAGAAUGUUGCUACAGAGAACCGCCAUGAAAAGAAGCUUCUUGACAAUGUAAUUCCACCAAGUGAAAUUGGGGUGACCUUUGAGGAUGUUGGAGCUUUGGAAAAUGUGAAGGAUACACUUAAAGAGCUAGUCACGCUUCCAUUACAAAAGCCUGAGCUUUUUUGUAAAGGACAACUAACAAAGCCCUGUAAAGGUGUCCUGCUCUUUGGUCCUCCAGGAACCGGAAAAACAAUGCUUGCUAAAGCUGUUGCAACUGAAGCUGGCGCAAAUUUUCUAAAUAUUUCGAUGUCAAGCAUUACAUCAAUGAUCAUUACUUUAUCGUUGCUGAUGUUUGGGGAAAAUGAGAAGUCAAUCAGAGCUAUUUUCUCCUUAGCAAGUAAAAUUUCCCCAUGUGUGAUCUUUAUUGAUGAGGUUGAUAGUCUGUUGGGAAGAAGGGACAAUUCUGGAGAGCAUGAGGCUUCGCGUAGUAUGAAGAAUGAGUUUAUGACAAACUGGGAUGGAUUGCACACUAAAGAAAAAGAGAGAGUAUUAGUUCUUGCCGCCACUAAUAGGCCUUUUGGUCUUGAUGAUGCUGUCAUUCGAAGAAUGCCAAGGAGGUUAUUUGUAAACUUGCCAGAUGCAUCAAACAGAGCUAAAAUCUUGCAGGUUAUGCUUGCCAAAGAAGAGUUGACCCCAGAUUUUGAUUUCGAUGCAAUUGCCAAUAUGACUGAGGGAUUUUCUGCAUCUGACAUUAAGAACUUAUGUAUUACAGCUACAUUCUGCCCAAUCCGGGAAGUUUUGGAAAAAGAAAAGAAGGAAAAAUCACUAGCAAUAGCAGAGGGGAAGGAGUUGCCAUAUUUGAGCGGAAGUGCUGAUGUUCGUCCUUUAAAUAUGGAUGACAUGCGAUAUGCCCAUAAACAGGUAUGUGCUAGUGUUUCUUCAGACUCAACAAGUAUGACUGAGCUACAUCGAUGGAAUGAGCUUUACGGUGAAGGAGGCUCAAGACAAAAGAGUGAACUGAAUUAUUUUAUAUAG